CCGUACGUGUUCAUGGACGACAAAGCGGGAGGCGGCUCCCAGAUCAGGGGCAUCACCGGCUCGAUGAUCGCCUACAUAAUGGACUCCAUGGGCAUCAAGUAUCAACUGGUCCAGCCCCCGGACAAUGAAUGGGGAGAGCUGAAACCGGACGGCUCCUGGACGGGCAUGAUGGGUCAACUGCAGAGAAGAGAGGCGGACCUGGCAUUGGGACCGUUCGUGCUGACCGAGAAGGAGGCGACCGUGGCCAACCCGUCCCCGGCCUACACCGACGAGGACAUGGUCAUACUCAGCGGCGUCGAGAAGGAGCACAAGUCGAACGUGUACGGAUACGUCCGCGCCUUCGACCUUCAGGUGUGGAUGGUGCUGCUCUGUUUCCUCGUGGUGGCCGCCAGCGUCGCCGCUGCGGCCGAGAUACUGAUUCCGGACAUGCGGCUGACCCUCCGCCAGCGGCGACAGCGGCUGGCGCGCAUCUUCUGGGUGUACAUAGCCUCCAUGUUCCUGGAGAGCUCGACGUUCAACUUCGCGAGCCACUCGCAGCGGUUCCUCUUCGGCAGCUGGUUCCUGAUGCUAGUCAUCCUCAUGAACACCUUCGUCGGCUACAUGGAGUCGGCGCUCAUGCUGAAGGAGGAGACCGACCGCCUGGACACCAUCGAGCAGCUGGCCCUCAACCCAAAGGUCCGGCCCAUGGUCUUCGAAGCCGCCGGAUUUCUCAAGAUCAUCGAGGAAGCGGAGGGCUACGCGUUCGAGAAGGUGCUGGCCACCAUGAAGGAGUUCAGCGAGGGCCAGCAAGCCGAGGAAGAGGUGCGCGGAGAGGAGCUGUUCACGCCCCCGUACCUGCUCAUGGUGCUCAAGAAGGAGGCGGCCAUCCUCAUGGAGAGAAUAUCGCUGCUCGCGAGGGUGUCGCAGCACUGCUACGACGUCGAGCUCAAGGGCGAGGGGCUCUUUCACCUGGGCCGACGGCGGAUACUGCAGAUCAAGAUGGUCUUCUACGUCCGGAAGGAUAUGGACCGGAAGCUGCAGGAUGAAAUCUUCCGUCGAGUCCGCUGGAUAAUGGACACCGGCCUGAACCUCUACUGGCACGAGGACCUGGUUCCGGAUCCUGGACCGUGCUGGACACGCUUUCAUCCGGACCACUUGCAUGACUACCAGCCGCUAACCUUCAAGGACUUCGCGGCCAUUUUCUACAUGAUGCUCGUGUCCCAGGGCUGCGCAUGGCUGGGAUUCUUCGUGGAGCUGGUGUUGUACUACUGCUGCUGCUUGAAGACUCGCACCGAGAUGGAUCACGACACGUUUAUCAACUAGGACCGCCUCACCCCCACCCCCAUUUUUUUUAUUUUCGUCCCGUUGAAUUUUCAUGUCUGGAGGGCACAAACUUCAGAAAGGGUGCGUUCCGAAUGGGCCACGUUCCCGUUCCAUUUAGUCGUCAAUUCGUCCAACCUCUUAGCGAGCGAGCUCUGCGUAGUUUCUCAAGCAAAUGUUAGUCAAGCCGGCAACGGCAUCACGCAAGCAAUAUUAUCCUACAGAACGACCGGGACUGCACGCUAGACAAAGCGAAGUUAGCGCUCGCUCCAUCUCCGGCUUGCUUUUGCGCUGGUCAUGUUUAGUAUAGAUCAAUAACUAGCCCAGCCCAUGCACGCUAAAGACAAGGUCCUGGUAGCCCCGUAGAAUCUAGAAUUGGCUGCCACCGCUAAUAAAUGCUGUUAUUAUCCUAAGUGCGCAAGGACGCAAAUAGCAAACCACAUGCGUGUUUUUUUAAAGGCCUCUAGUAGACCAAUGAGCUAACGCAAUAGAAUCCUAAACAUCGUUCUGGGAGCCUUAAAAUGUCACUCAGCUGAGGGUUUAGUGGACUUGCAAUAGGGCGUUUGAGUGUGCCGGCCACUACAGCCAUGCGGCAACUGAUACGCCGCAAUAUUUUAUCGCGAAAGAUAACCGACUCCGAAAGAUACGAAAGCAGCGUGCAGACGAAGCACAAGGUACAAAGAUUGCUGGGGCAAUUUGGCCGAGCCCUUCACACAAACUAGAGACUUGCGACGACAGGCUUGGCAUUAAACUCGAGGACAGGGCUAAAGACCAGUUAUCUUUUCGUGGACAUUCUUCCCCGACGGCACGACUCCUCGAGCGUGGCGUUUGUCAGAUGGCGAAAAUAAACGACAGCUUUCGGACGGGACUGCAAUCUUCGUAUCGCAAGGACCACCGGGGCGCUUCGAGACCGCCUCGUUCCUUCCGGCUUCCUCCGCCAAACUAUCUACUACUAUCGCUAAACUAACCAAUCCCGGCCGGCUAAAGCCUCCCGUCUCAGCCCGACGGCUAUAUGGUCCGCCGGACAACCGAGACAAUGCACGC